CCCCCCCGGCGCCCCGCAACGAGAGCCCCCAAGCUUCGACCGUUUAGCCGUUGGUCCAUCAUAGCAGCACUGAGGUAAGCAAAAGGCUCAGAUUGAAAUGUUUCAAUUUUCCUACUUCUGUUCCCUCUUUCUCUUCGAUCGUACGGGAUGUUGUAGUAGUACUGUAGUUUGAAGAUGGAAUCCCUUUGGAAGAGCAAGACCCGUUCCUUUCAUUUCCAGGGUUGGAAGAGGUUGAAGAGUCGCCAGCUCUUCUACCUAAUCCUCCUGGCAAAUGCAUUGGCCGUCUCUUUCGAGGGCUACGCCCAAGGUGUUCUGGGUGGUGUGAACUCAUCCCCGGACUUCAUCCGUACCAUGGACCUUUCAAAUGUGCAGGACUAUUACUCACCUCAAUACGCUUCCGACACCAAGACCAUUAAGUUGGGAGGCGUGACGGCCGUUUAUUACUUUGGAGCGCUGUGGGGGGCGAUCUUUGCAGGAUGGAUAGCUGAUAAGCUUGGACGACGGACGGGCUUGCAGCUCGGGUGCCUUUGGUGUAUGCUCGGAACCGCAUUAGAAGCUGGCGCACAGAACACAAACAUGUACAUCUGCGCGCGUGUCAUCGCGGGUCUGGGAGUAGGACACAUGAAUGUGAUUGCUCCUACAUGGACGAGUGAGGUUUCCGAGUCGGCGCAUCGUGGAAAAAGCUUUGCUCUGGUGUUCCUGACCAAUUACGGAAAUAUCGCGCUGGCGUACUGGAUCGGCUUCGGACUGCGCUUUAUCGACCAUGGCUAUUCGUCCAUCAGAUGGCGUCUGGCCUUCGCGAUCCAGGCCAUUUUCCCCUUGUGCCUUUUCUGCCUGCUCCCCAUCCUUCCCGAGUCUCCGCGUUUCCUGCUCACGAAGCACAAGGACGACAAGGCACUCGAAGUCCUUGCGCAUGUGCGCGCCAAUGGUGAUGCCACUGACCCUGCAGUCAUUCAAGAGUUCGAAGAAGUCAAGUCCAACGUCAGGAGUACCGAGGAUGAAAAGUACACGGACGGAUACUGGCCCAUCAUAACAGGCCGCGGCACUGGAAAACUGCAUUUCGGGCGUAGGGCCCAGCUCGCUCUCUGGCUUCCCCUGAUGACACAGAUUGGGACGGGUAUCAGUGCGACGACCAUCUACACUCCAACGUUAGUCAGUGCAGCAGGGUGGGGAGAUGUGAAAUCAAAUUGGCUCUCGGCGCUCAACAAUACCGUCGGUAUCGGGGGUACAGUCAUCGCCAUGUAUAUUAUCGAUCCCCUUGGAAGGAGGAAGUCUCUACUGAUCGGAAGUUUGGCCCAGAGUGGUACUAUGUGGAUUAUCGGGGCGAUGUCCAUCUGCACGAUCUCGUACCCCAAUUUAUCUCCUCAGUACGGUGCGGCUUCCGUGUCGUUCAUCUACGUCUUCACGCUCAUCUACUCCUCGACCUACCUCAUCAUCAACUUCAACUAUCCCGCGGAGAUCUUCCCGACCGAAGUUCGUGCGCGGGGCAUGGCCCUCGGUAUCACGGGAUGGGCCAUUGGUCUCGGAUGUGGCGCGCUCUACAACCCCGUGCUGUUCCAGAACAUGGGAGGCAAGGGCUUCUUCAUCUUCGCAGGCCUAAACUUGCUCUUCUUCAUCCUGGUCUUCCUCUUCCUCCCGGAAACCUCCGGACGCAGCCUAGAGGCCAUCAACGUGCUGUUCGAGACGAACAACCCGCUGAACUACGCGAUGGAGAAGCGGUACCAGGAGUUCCGGCAGCAGGAGCGAGCAGCGAGCGGUGACGACGGCGGUGACUACCAGGAGAAGAUGGAGGUGGAGGAGGUCGGUGGCCGGGGCGACGCCCUGCCGCCCGUGUGAAGAUAGAAGAAAGAAAUAGAACGUGUCGGCGUCCGGUGGUAUAUAUGGCUGGGUUCAUAGAAAGAUGACAGAUUCGCUCUGGCAUGGGAUAUUGUAUGAAUUGACGUCUUUUGGCUUGGAGAUCGCAGUCGAUGAUGACGGGUUUUAUGCAUUACGAUAUGAUUUGUUUGAUGUAUAUAUAUGUACAUAUAUACAUACCACACGGGACGGGAGGAUUCCAGGCUG